CGUAAGCAGUGCCACAUCAGCAGUGCCACGUCAGACACAGUGCCACAUAAGCAGUGCCAUGUCAGCAGUGCCAUGUCAGCAGUGCCACGUCAGACAGUGCCACGUCAGCAGUGCCACGUCAGACACAGUGCCACGUCAGCAACAUGACGGGCCUGCCAGGCCAACUGGCCAAUGAGCCCAUUGCCAAUUACGAAAAGCGCUUUCAGGCUCAGCUCGCUGUAAUCGAGGCUGAGGAACAACGCCAGCUGGCAGUCAAGGCUGCCCAGCUACAGGCUGAAGAAGCGGCAACAGCAGAGAAGCUGCGGCUACAGGCCGAAGCAGACGCAGAUGCCCAGGCUCGCCGCAAGGAAGCCCAGGAUCUGCUGCUGCGGCAUGAAGCCGACAGCAUCGAGAGACUCAAGUACUGGCACUUUGAACCGAACGGCGACGAGCCAACACCGGAAGAGCAGCAUAGGGAGUUCAUGGCCAAGCUCGUGACCAGGUUGGUUUAUACUUGUAACCACCUACAGUCCGAGCUGGCGAACCUCCAGCGGGCCGUGCGGAACCAUAAGACUCAGCACGAGGAUGCCACACGGGCACUGGACGCCCGUGUACUGGACCUGGAACAGGCUGUACCAGGACCAGAUGCUGGGGCUUCCAGCAGUGCAUCUUCUAGCCGCCAACUGGAGGAACGCGUUGACCACGUAGUGGCAAUGCUAGGAGACAUAAGUGCCUUCACAGAGCCGGCCACCAUCAGCCAGCGGUUCGAGCUGCUGGACACCAAAAUCAGUCAGCAACAGCAGACCGACCACAGCCGCAACAACAGCUCGGCGAGGCCAUACAAGAUGUCGACGUUCCGGAUCGAGAAAUUUGAUGACUACACACAUCAAGACCCGGUCGUCUGGUGGCAAGGAUUUACAACGGAGUUGGGGAUUCACGAGGUCCCUGACCAUCUGUUCAUCAGUGCUCUGUUCAUCAACACCAAGGGAGGAUGUCAGAUCUGGCUCAGCCACAUGGCAACCAUCCACGGCGUCCAGGUUUCAGACCUGUACAAGAAGGUCUCCUGGGAAGAUAUGACAAAGGAAUGGAAGAAGCGGUUCAUCGUCGACGACGCCCCGGCACUUGUCAUCAACCGCAUCUUCACGAUGGCUCAAGGGAGCACACCGACACGUGACUGGCUCACGGAUUGGCAGAAGAUCGUGGCGGCGCCCGAUUUGGACUUGCCAUUCCCGCAUCUGCGACGGGAAUUCUACAACAGGUCAUGCGCCGCUCUCAGCCUCGCACUUGGUGAUCGCGAGCAGUACAGCACUUUCGCGGAGAUAAUCUACAAGGCGAGAGAGCUCAUCAAGACCAACAGGGCGGCUGCGCACGAGAAGUCCACGUGGCAGCCAACCUAUGUGGAGAAGGUACGAACUGGUCCGCGACAGCAGCAGUUCGCUGUAGUCCACCGGAGUUUGGAGGAGCAUGUGGAACACAUGCGCACCGUUUUGGAGCGGCUACGACAGGCCAAGUACAAAGCAAACCGCGACAAGUGCGAGUUCGCAUGGCAGGAGCUGGAGUACUUGGGACAUUAUGUGACGCCGCAAGGCAUCCGUCCGCUUGCGGACAAGAUCGAGGCCCUACGAGUAUGGCCCGAGCCCACCAACACCACGGAAGAGUUUGCACUGGAACAGGACGUUUCACGCAAACUGCUUCCUAAGUGGUUUGGACCUUGGUCUGUGACAGCAGCCGCGGGCGAUGAGCCCGAUGGCCCUUCAUUUGUGAUCAACAUUCCAGAGCAUCUGACGGUCCAUCCGGUCUUCCACGCCUCGAAACUGGCAACAUACACGCCAGCCAAGAGCGACGACUUUCCGGACCGACGAUCGCAGGACCCUCCUUCUAUGGAUGGUCAUCAGGAAGUUGACCGCGUCAUCACCGAUCGCAAGUACGGCAGCAAGCCGCGGCAGUACAAAGUCACAUUCAAAGCAUGCGAUCGUGACGACACUCGGUCGAUUUCAGGCGCAGAUUUGAAAGCAUCCGCACCGCUGAUCUACGCACAUUAUGAAAGUCGGAGGUUAGCUCAGGAAGCUUCACGACCAGCCCCUCCCACCCGGACUGUGGUCCCUCCCUCAGACAGACAGCUUCGCCCUCGCAGGUAAGCUCGGUUCUUCAAGGAGGGGGGGGUGUGGCAUACUGCGUAGCCACACGGGCCCUGCAGGGCCCGUCCCGGACAUUCAGCCUAAAAGCCUA